AUGGCGGAGCAGCUUCAAAGGUUGGUGUCGGAGAAGAAGGACAUGGUGGAGGUGGUGAUGGAGACCUUCGAGAAGGGCGCCGAGGUGGUGGCCAGCUUCGCCGGCGACUUCUUCCCCAUCUUCUCCAUUGCCGCGCCCAUCGUCCAACUGGCUCUGGAGAACGUGGAGAGCAAGGAGGCGGUCUUCAUGAAAGAGCAGUUCCAGAAGGUGCGGGACCGCCUGGACGCCAUAUCCGACCAGAUGCGCCGUAUCCACGAGGAGAUCAAGAAGAGCGGCAUGGACGCCACCUACUUCUCGGUGGAAGAGAACAUCACCAACCAGUUCCGCAAGUAUAUGGACAUCCUCAACGCCAAGCCCAAGUUCCGGGAAGUCAAGAAGAAGCUGUUCCUGGAGCAUUUCGAGAAGACCGGCGGCGACAAGAACCUGCACGUGCUCUACAACGCCACCACGGGCGAGAAUUUCUCGGGCGAGUCGGUGCUGGACAUCGUCCUCAACUACGAGGAGAAAAGCCGCCGAACCUUGGAGGACUUUUGCGCCCGGCUGAAGAAGCUCUUCUGCCUGGGACUCAUCGCUCUGCUGGGACACGCCGCCCUGAAGGGCUACGACGAGGAAGACGCAUUUCUCAAGGACUGGGGCGAGAAGAUGAAGGAGAUACAGGAGAAGAUGAAUACCGUCAUUCAGGUCUGCAUAGACGACUUCCCGCAGCAGGCCGAGCAGGACGCCCGGCGGCUCCUGAGAGACAACCCGGGUUGGACCAACCAACAGGUGGCCGACGCCCUGGUGGCCCACCUGAAGAAGAAGUACGAUUGGGUGGGCUGGUCGGUGCGCGUCUUCAAGACGCCCACGGGCCUCUUCGCCCCCAAGAAGUACCACUGCCCCGCCGGGAAGAGCCGCUUCCGGGUGCCGGCGCCGGACGACAAACUCAACGUGCUGGUGUCCUUCAGUUCCUCGCCCGAGCCGGUGGACCACGCCCGCGUCCGCCAGCUCGUCCAGAGCCACAACAAGCCCAAGGUCACGGCCGUGGCGGAGAUGCUCUUCGAGCAGGUUCCCGGCCAGUGCGCCGUCCACGCCGUCAGGGCUAGCAAGGACCUGGUCUGCGCCUGGAGCUUCGCCGACGAGCUGCACUACUGGGAGGAGCACAAGAACUUGUACGUCUGCCUUCACUCGGCGUGA